AUGUUGGUCAAAGCUACUGUACUCUUUGUGAUUCUGCUGUGUAUUCAGCAUUCGCUGUCGAAGAAGACGACGCUAGCACCUUUUGGCGGGUGGUCUAACGUUUCAGUGAAUGAUCCGGAAGUGCAGGUAAGGAAUGCCGUGAAGUAUAAACAGCCAUGUAGGACUACAUAUUAUCCCUGUUUUAAGCUAGUUCCAAAGCCAUGGUCUCUCUGACCGCUUUUCGCAUUUCGUGAACUCUCUCGGCAGCAAAGACCGUUUAAAAGACGAUUUUUGGCUCGCUGCGUCAGCGGUGGACAUAGGAAAAAAUCGAUUCUGAGUUUUUUGCAUAAAAAUGACCGUCGACAUGUGCUAAGGAAAAGCGAACAACAGUUUUUCUCAAUUCUGCCCGGAAGGCAUAAAUUUGCUUAAAUUUGUCUUUUUUGGAAUUUUCGACCUGGUGACGUCAUAGAAAGAGCAAAUCACCCAAAAUUUUUCUUGUAUACGUUUUCGACCAUUGGGAAUUCAUUUUUUUGAAAAUUAAUUCUCUCAGAUUACUGUAACAUAGGCAUAUUGUAAUCCGGUCGAUAAAAAUCGACCGUAACUCCUUCGUAUCAAAAAUCCCACAGCAUUUUAUUUCAGAUUCGGAAUCAGCAUAAAAUUCUGCAUAUUAUGCACAUAAUGUGAGGUCAUAACUCCAGGGGGGAGAUCGCGUAGUAUAUUGGAUUUUGGCAAAAAUUACGUUUGAAAGGUCGCGGGUUCGAUCCCCGCUUGGUGCAAAUAUUGAAAACACGGCGGAAAUCGCGUUUAGUGGACACCUGAGGGUUAUGUGAGAUACACUAAGCAAUUUUAAACAUGAAUGCAUAUCUAAUUGCGAUAAAAACUGAUUUUAUAUAAUUUUUGGAGACUGAAUAUGCAAAAAAUGAAACUGCUUCAAAUCGCUUCAAAUUGGCAACACUUAUUCUAGGGUCAAUUGUAAGAAACUUUUCUAUUAACUUUUUUUGGUAGAUCACCGUAUCAUGGAUUACUGUAGCAUUAAACGUGUCCUGAUUAAUAGCUAUUUUCUUCAAAAUUCUUGCAUAAAAUAUUAAUUCUUUUUAAUUAGUCGUUUUAGACAGCGAAUAGAUCCACUUUCUAUAUAUGAAAGAAAAUUCGCCCUUCAUUGCAACGCGUCUUGAUGUCAUAAUCAAUUGGUGAAAGUGCGUCAAAUAACUCGGCCGUUCCAAACGGUACAGCAAUAAAAAUUUUUUUCGUACACAAAAAAAUCCUUUCUUAACCAUUCUGAGCACAAUGAAGACAAUCCGACUUCUCCGCGCCAUGUGGUACACUAAAAACCAAAUCAGGUUUAAUGUUACAGUAAUCCAUGAUACGGUGAUCUACCAAAAAAAGUUAAUAGAAAAGUUUCUUACAAUUGACCCUAGAAUAAGUGUUGCCAAUUUGAAGCGGUUUGAGGCAGUUUCAUUUUUUGCAUAUUCAGUCUCCAAAAAUUAUAUAAAAUCAGUUUUUAUCGCAAUUAGAUAUGCAUUCAUGUUUAAAAUUGCUUAGUGUAUCUCACAUAACCCUCAGGUGUCCACUAAACGCGAUUUCCGCCGUGUUUUCAAUAUUUGCACCAAGCGGGGAUCGAACCCGCGACCUUUCAAACGUAAUUUUUGCCAAAAUCCAAUAUACUACGCGAUCUCCCCCCUGGAGUUAUGACCUCACAUUAUGUGCAUAAUAUGCAGAAUUUUAUGCUGAUUCCGAAUCUGAAAUAAAAUCCUGUGGGAUUUUUGAUACGAAGGAGUUACGGUCGAUUUUUAUCGACCGGAUUACAAUAUGCCUAUGUUACAGUAAUCUGAGGGAAUUAAUUUUCAAAAAAAUGAAUUCCCAAUGGUCGAAAACGUAUACAAGAAAAAUUUUGGGUGAUUUGCUCUUUCGAUGACGUCACCAGGUCAAAAAUUCCAAAAAAGACAAAUUUAAGCAAAUUUAUGCCUUCCGGGCAGAAUUGAGAAAAACUGUUGUUCGCUUUUCCUUAGCACAUGUCGACGGUCAUUUUUAUGCAAAAAACUCAGAAUUGAUUUUUUCCUAUGUCCCGGGUCCAUUACGGGCUGACGCAGCGAGCCAAAAAUCGUCUUUUAAUUUCUCGACGGUGCCUGCAAGCCGCAAGCUAAAACUUUGAGAAAUGGUAUGGCCCAUGCCCCAAGCAUGUGCAAAAGAUUAUAUAAAGAAAAUCUGAGCGUCGCAUUCGGUGUACUUCCCUUCCACGUCGUAUGCCAAUUUCUGUGUUUUCGCCUCUCGCAGAAAAAGAAUAUGUGUACUAUAGUAAAUCAUGAGAUUAGGGAUGGAAGAAAUCUGUAACAGCGAGUUAAAGGAAUAACAGACAAAAACGGGUAGGCUAAAUUUUCCGAAAUUGGGUAAAAAGCAAAUCGGUCAGAGCUUUUUCUGAUCUAGCCUCAUAACCAACAUGAUUUAUUUUUCAGAAGCUCGCCAAAGAAGCGGUCAAGAUCUAUUCACAUCAAGAAGGGCAUAAAUAUAAGCUGGAAGAGGUCCGCUCUGCAGAACGACAAGUUGUGGCGGGCUUUAAUUACAAAAUCCACUUAUCAGCGAACCGCUCUUUGGGGCCCGUCCGCGCAAUUCACGCCUAUCUGUACGACCGAGUGUAUGUUGAUCAGAAAGGCAAUGCUAGACAUCACGUCGUUAAAGAACCUAUAAGCUGA